GUCUUCUUUAUUUGUUUUUCCUUCCUUCUUGUACAGUACCAGACUACCAGUACCACACCACUCCUUUCCUGCCUCUCUCUCUCUCUCUCUCUCUCUCUCUCUCUCUUCUCUUCUUUCCUCACCUCCGACGGCUGAACAAGCGAAACUGCGAAAAGCAGCAACAGCAGGUAGGUAUAGUGAUCCUCCUCCUCCAUGGGGAACGCCCUCAAGUGCUUCACGGGAGAAGAAGAAGGCCACCACUUCCACGGGCGCAGAGACCGCUACCCCUACUACCAGCCGCAGUCCUACAGUGGUGGCGAUCCACAUCCACCGGCCGCUGCUCAUCAGCAGGGUCUAGCAGCCCCCCAUGGCUUCGUAACCUUCGUCCCCGUCACGCAGGCUGCUGGUCCAAACGCCGGGCACCAGCAGAGGAGCAGUGGGGUUCAUGACAGAAGACCGGUGGCUUCUAACACCGAGGACAUCGACGAAUCGUCUGCCGAGGGCCUGUGCAGCGCCAAGAGCUACGCCAAGGCGAACCCGCUGCUGAUCCAGGUGCCGGUGCUGGGAACCACCAGGAAGUUCUGGCGGCUAUCCGACAAGGCCACAAGGAUCACGCGAAAGCUCGCGCUGAUCUUGAGGAGCCACCACGCCGUCGGCAAGCACCUCGCCACGCCCCUGCAGGUGUCUAAUGUCUGGAUCGGGAGCACCGGUGGCAGCGUCAAGCUAAGAGGCGUCAGCUUCACCGCCAAGGGCUUCGGCAUCGAGCGCGUGAGAGACGACUACAGGCAGCUGUCCAGGCUCCUGCACGCGAUCAUCAGAAUCUCCGGUGGGGGUGAUACCGCCAUCGCCAGGCUGCCUCCCGACUACCGCGAGUUCCUCGCGCUCCUGGGGAGGGACACCCUCGCCAUGGAAGACGAGUUCUUGAUCGUCAACAACGCCGCGCUGCUGCCGAUGAAAAACCGCACGGAGGCCUUCCUGAUGCUGCACGACAGGAUCGUGAAGUACCUCGGCCGCACGGACCGACAGAAGAAGAGGAGGAUCCUCUCCGGGCUCCCCUACCAGAGCGACUGGCUGGAUACGGCCAGGGCGAACAAGCGGAUCAACCAGUGGGUCAUGAACGUCCAGCACGAGUACAAGGGAACGCACCAGUCCGACAUGCUGCGGCUCAACAGGAAUGUGAGGAGCCACCUGCAUGAGCACAAGGACGACGACGGCAUCGAGGAGGCCCUGUACUGCGAGUGGCCCGAGCUGCUCAUGGCCAUGGUGAAGCUGUUGCACCAGGAAGGCGAGCUCGAGGCCACUGACAUUGAGAACAAGUUCGGCUAGUCCAUCGUCCUGCCGAAGAACAGAUGUGCUAGGUAGCUCUGCACUGCGGUUUCUGAAUCUACUGUUGGUGUUGGCACGCUUUCAGUGAGAAAGUUUAUGGUGAUGGCCUGAUCGCGGGUGAUAUGCUACCUGGUUUAUGUAAUGUAAUAUAGGCUCCGUACUUUCUUGAAUUCUCUGGACUUGAAGGCAAAAGGUUGGGGUCAGCUUUAUAUAAUGUUGCCUUGAAACUCAAAGUUGUACUCGAUCUUUUGUGGGUGUCUUGUUUUCGUUUUGAUGAA